GUUAGCACUUCAACCGCACGCCCAUUUGAUUCGCCGCCGUCCCUUCUCAUCUCCUCCCCACGGCUAACGCCACCACCUCCAUUCCCACGUUACAAUUGGAGGGAAUUUCCUUCUGCCGCAAUUGCAGAUUUUAUCCUAGCUGCGUGUGUACCGCUUCCCUUCUAAUUUCGCAAACCUUGAGGUCUUGGUUUCUCUCUCUAGAAACCACACCCACACACUCAUUGUGUGGGGGAGAUAGAUAAAUAGAUAGCUGAUGGAUUUCCAAGUUGUUGUGUUAGCAGGCGGGUUUUCGAAGAACCUAGUGCCACUUGUUUCCAAGGAGGUGCCAAAAGCUCUUCUGCCAGUUGCAAACCAGCCAGUUAUUUUGUAUGUUCUGGAACUGCUUGAUCAAAACGACCUCAAAAAUGCUAUUGUGGUUGUUGAAGGAGAGAGCGCGGCUCUUUUGAUCAGUUCCUGGAUUUCUAUCAAUUUUGUUGACCGACUACAUGUUGAGGUCAUUGCAGUUCCAGAGGAUGUUGGUACAGCUGGUGCUCUUAGAGCUAUCGAUCACCGCUUGACUGCAAAAGACAUCUUGGUUAUGAGUGGUGAUUUGGUAACUGAGAUACCACCUGGGGCGGUGGCAGCCACACAUAGACGUCAUGAUGCAGUAGUUACUGCAAUGCUUUGUCCAGUUCCUGUUAGUGGGUUGUCAGAAUCAGGGUCAUCGAGUGGCAAGGACAAAUCUAAGAAAACAAACCGCUAUAAUAUUGUGAGCCUUGAUCCGACGAAGCAGUUCUUAUUGCAUAUAGCAGCUGGAGCUGAAGUUGACAAAGAUGUUCGAGCUCAAAAGAGCAUUCUUCGAGCAGUUGGCAUGAUGGAAAUUCGUUCUGAUCUAAUUGAUACUCACAUGUAUGCAUUCAAGAGAUCUGCUCUGCAAGAUGUUCUAAAUCAGAAAGAAAAUUUUCUAAGUCUGAGACGCGAUGUAUUGCCAUAUCUUGUUAGGUCUCAGUUGAGAUCUGAAUUAUCAUCAAACGGAGUGCAAUCGGACGAAAAUAGCAAUGGCCAGAAUGGUCCCCAGGACAGUAAAAUUGUGCUAUCUCAACUUCUGGCUAAUUCAUCUACACCAAAUUUUCAUGAAAUCUAUGCGUUGGGUCUGGCUGGGUCUGCUCCUAUGAGGAAAACACAUAAAUGCUGUGUUUAUGUUGCAAACAAGAGCAACUAUUGUGCACGGAUGAACUCCAUUCAAGCUUUUACUGACAUAAAUCGAGAUGUAGUAGGAGAAGCUAGUCAUCUAUCAGGCUAUACUUUUUCUGCCCAGAAUAACAUAAUUCAUCCAUCAGCUGUACUUGGAUCUAAGACAACGGUGGGACCACAAUGCAUGCUGGGUGAAGGUUCACAAAUGGGCGACAAAAGUAGUGUGAAGAAGUCUGUAAUUGGUCGCCAUUGUCGAAUAGGCUCAAAUGUGAAGAUUGUCAACUCUGUUGUUAUGAACCACGUUUCCAUUGCGGAUGGUUGCUCUAUUCAAGGGUCUAUUAUUUGCAGCAAUGUACAGAUCCAAGAGCGUGUCGUGUUGAAGGAUUGUCAGGUAGGAGCAGGUUUCGUAGUGAGUGCAGGGGGUGAAUACAAGGGGGAAGCCUUGGCGAAGAAGGAAAAGUUCUAGUCGCUCGUUUAGUUGUGCAAGGUCUUGAUAGCCCUCUUGUGUGCUGUUGCCACUGCUCCUUCUGUGUUGCUUCAAGAGUGGGCCAAUUUUGGAUUUGGAAUGAACUAGUACUUGACAAUUGUUGUUGAUUUUUGGAUUUUGAGCUGAGAGUAGUCACAGUUACAGGGAUAGCAUGUGAAAUUGUUGGUGAAGUGCAUUUGUUGUACAUUGAGAAUCUUGUGCCAUAAGUCUUUGCAUCUUUAACAAAGGAGGGGCUAUAUCAUUCA